GAACAGAACCGUGGGCGAGGUUUGUGGUGAAUGGAGCCGGCCAUUGGACUCUGUGUACAUCCGUCAUGUGGGGAAAGACCCCGCUUUCUCCUUGGUACGGAAGCCGAGAGGAGGCUGGUUGGUUACGCGGCCGUGGGUCUCCACCCGAGAGUAUGGCGGCCGGGAAUGUAUUGGUGAGAGAGUGAGGCACGGAGAGAGGAGAGAGAGAGGAUGGAAAAGAGACGCAGAGACCGGACUUGUUUUGAUUAACUUUUAAAAAACGUUUUCUUUAACCAGACUUGCUCAACUAAGGCAAAGAACCUUUGCAGAAACGCUUUCCGUGUCUCUCCCGUUUUUUUCCUCUCCCAGGAGCGUUCUCACUGGAGCAAGUUUUGUUUUCAUCAUGCUGUAAAGCUAGCAAGCUAGAAUGGUGAGAGAGGCGAACGAGAAAGCACAAGUUAAUUAUUACAAAGCUUUUUGUUUUGCAUUUGUGCAUAUUUGGCAUUUGCAAUCGUCUAACUAGCAAAUACUCACCAGUGUCUGUUCUGCCUGGGGGAAUUUUCUGCAAUGAAGCCAAUUUUCAGGCGGCGACUCUUUGUGCUCUGGUUGUUUAGCUGUUUCUUAUAGCUAAACAGAGAUGGCUUGCUAGCUGGCAAUAUUUAUUUCUUUCUGCUGUCAGGGAAAUGGAACACAUGUAGGCUGCUGACUGGCAGUGUUUAGCAGAGGGUUAUUUUAUUUCGUUUCAAUGUCGACCUAAGAGUGGUAGUUGGCAUUCGCUGUUCACUUGCAUUAAUUUAGGGUAGCCAGCUAUGCGCGAAUAUAAAGUCGUGGUUCUCGGGAGCGGCGGGGUCGGAAAGUCCGCUCUCACGGUACAGUUUGUGACUGGGACCUUUAUAGAGAAGUAUGACCCCACGAUCGAGGAUUUUUACCGCAAGGAAAUCGAGGUGGAUUCUUCGCCCUCGGUACUGGAGAUCCUCGAUACGGCUGGCACUGAGCAGUUCGCGUCCAUGAGGGACCUCUACAUCAAAAACGGCCAGGGAUUCAUAUUGGUCUACAGCCUUGUCAACCAGCAGAGCUUCCAGGACAUCAAGCCUAUGAGGGAUCAGAUCAUAAGAGUGAAAAGGUACGAGAAGGUGCCGGUGAUCCUGGUGGGGAACAAGGUGGACCUGGAGAGCGAGAGGGAGGUGUCGUCGGGGGAGGGCCAGGCGCUGGCCGAGGAGUGGGGCUGCCCCUUCAUGGAGACCUCGGCCAAGAGCAAAACCAUGGUGGACGAACUGUUCGCUGAGAUCGUGCGGCAGAUGGACUACGCCGCCCAGCCGGACAAAGACGACCCCUGCUGCUCCUCCUGCAAUAUACAAUAGCCACAAAGCCGAGCGACAGGCGGGGAAGUCGGCAAACGGGAAAUCACACACAGAAGGGGCACAAACACGCUCGAAAUCGAAAGAAAAAAAAAAUUAAAGAAAACCAAAUGUCGAACCUGUAAUGGUUAGCCCAAAUAAAUCCACUGAUCCGUAUAACCAGUCCUGAGCCGUACUUCAGAUCGGUAAUUGUGUUGAUAAAUAACCAUGAGCAAUCCAGAGAAACGGGCAGAGAAUUGCCUGGCUGGAUGAGAAGUGCACUCGCCUUAUGUGUUCCUGUUUUCAGCUCCUUCACGCGUUCAUUUCGGGGAGUGGUUGGGGAAAAUUGUGGCAAUCAGCUUGAGAUGUCAAAGAACAGGUUAUUGCUUUGUUGUUCUGCAGUUUGACUUGGUUUUUAUUUCUUUUUAAAUUGCUUUUAUUUUUUUUUUUCCUUUUGUUCAUUUGACCCAGUUUCUCUCAUGGCAGCCAGCAUGAGCAUAUUUCCUCUGAAGAUACCCUGACAGAGCAGCAGAUAUGUACCGCACAGCCCUGAGGAGAAGAGAUUAUCCCCUGAUCCACUUGUUUUAAACAUUGAUGAGUAAUUGAUUUGUGUACCAGGUUUCUCCGAACUAGAAAGGAGAAGCCAAGGGGAUUUUUUUCUUGUUCUGAAGGAGCCAAAGAGGCAGUAGAAAAAAUAUCUUUCUUCCCCUGUUUUCUUUGUUCAGAGGAAUGGGGGGUCUCAACUGAAUCCUUAUGACAAUGUGGUGUUAUCAGCUCUCUUUUUUGGACUUCUAUACAAACACAGUGCAUGAAGUACUAUAGUAGGGUUUUUUCCCUACAUAACCCGUAAAAACAACAGUGUCAGGUAGCUUUGAUUGAGGACAGAAUCUUACAGCCACAGUUUUAAUCCUGUUAAUCUAGGAAAGUGUUGUUCAGUAUUUCAGUGUCUCUGGGUGCAGCCAGAGACUUGAGACAAGUUGCCAUUUUCCAAGAAUGGGGUCUGACCUUACAGCAGGUUCUUUAUAAUGUAUGGUCUGAUUGAUUAUGAGGACAACAGGGGGUUAAUCCUACUCAAAGCAUUGUCCAAUCACGUCACAAGGUCUCAUUACUUCCCUCUUCCUCUUUGUUUUCACAAUACUCUAAUUGAUUGUAUUGAUAGUUCUGGUAGUGGUGAAAACCAUAAUAAAAACGAAACCUAGCUGCAAAUAUGUGUAAAUAUUUUAUAUGGAAGGUGUGAGCUCUACAGACUACACUGAUUCAGAAGUGGAAUUGUCAACUAUAUGCAUGGCUAGUUAAAGGUCAUUGUUUGCAGUGGUUUUAGGCAAAUCGAGGUGUGCGAACAGAACACACAUCCUGAACCAGACCUCAGGAAUUGGACACUGUUUGAACUGUACAUCUGUGUUGCCAUGUGAAAAAGACCUACCUUUGUUACCAUUGUCAUUGAUAGUUUUAUAUUUUUUACGUGAGACGUUUAAUCGUCGCCUGAAUGGUGACAUGGUUAUGUUUGACGCCCGGACAGUAAAAAUGUCUGCAUUACUUCAGUUCAACAUAGGUCUUUCGUGAAGUGAUAAGAUUACUUCAAGGUAUUUUCUCAUCCCACUUUUUUUGGGGAAAGGACUAAAGAAAUGUUUCAGAAAUCAAAGAAACUGAAAAACCGUGUUGUAUUUGAUUCUUUCCUGAGCCAUUUGAUAAUGCUGAGCAGCACAGUGAACACACAGCAAUUUCUAACAGUGCUAACAGGAGCCCGGCCUUUGGUCCCCCUGGCAAGCGAAAACGGCUUUGACUUCAGGCAGCUUGUCACUGUCUGCUUUUCAUUCAUCCUGGAUUUAUUUUUUUAUUUGUUUUUGCUUCAUAAACACUGUUCUGUUCUUGGAGAAACUGCACUUCAGGGGAAGAUUACAAAGCAAUUUUGAGUUGGGACCAAAAAAACGCACUCCUCCGCAUCUGGACACAGCUCCCUGGGUGUAACCCAAAAUUCAGUGCAAAAGUUCAGCAACAUUUGUUUUCUCCUUUGGAUAAUUAAUGUUGCACUUUGUAUGACUUCAAAAUGUUUGACACCAAGAGGGGGGAAAAAUUAAUUACACAUCCCCCACACAAGGACAACUUGUUGUGGUGUCUGAAGAUGUGGUUAUGAUGAUGAUGAUGAUGGUGAUGAUGAUGAUAACAAUAACAAUAAUAAAAAAGUA